AUGCCUCGCACCAAGCAAAAGAAGCCUUCGCACAAGUCGGCCGUCAAGGGUCCCGCCGCGCAGGCCAAGUACCAGUCGCAGAAGGCCGCCAAGAAGCCGCCGACCCUCAACAAGGACGGCAAGCCUCGCAAGCCGCACCGCUUCCGCCCCGGCACGGUCGCCCUGCGCGAGAUCCGCCGCUACCAGAAGUCGACCGAGCUCCUCAUCCGCAAGGCGCCCUUCGUCCGCCUCGUGCGCGAGAUCUGCACCAACGAGCACGAGACGCUGCGCUGGCAGGCGGCGGCGCUCGGGGCGCUGCAGGAGGCUGCCGAGGACUACCUCGUCGCGCUCUUCGAGGACACCAACCUGUGCGCCAUCCACGCCAAGCGCGUCACGGUCCAGCCCAAGGACAUGCAGCUCGCGCGCCGCCUCCGCGGCGAGACUCGCCGCACCGGCGGCAUGUAA